AUGGCCAAUGCUUUGCAAAUCCAGAUUUGUGACCUCGAUACGUACCAGCACUUAGCUACACCUUUGGACCAGCUCUACGGUCUUGCAGCCCGGGUCCCGUUCAUCAGAAUCUACGGCUCCUUGAAAGUCGAAACUGAAAGAGAUCUCGCUUACAAUGUCCUAGUUCACGUCCAUAACUACUACCCAUACGUGUAUAUCGACUGUCCAACCAAUAGACCGCUCGAUAAAACCUAUUUGAAUACCCUCAAGGACUAUUUCGAUAAGAAAAUUCACGACUCUUUUCAGAGAAAGCGCGUUGAAGACGAUGAGUCCGAUAGCGACAUCGAUGAGGACCCAACCCAGAGCUUGCGCUUUGUUGCUGCAGUAGAGUACUGUCGAGUAAAGCUUAUUACAUCGAACAAGGUCGAUGUGUGGAACUUUGAUGGCAAGCUCAAGAAAACCUAUGGCGUGCCAAACCUCUACGAAGCCCAUAUUCCUUACACUUCUCAGUUUCUUGCCGAUUUCAACCUUUACGGCUGUGGCUAUCUUAACGUAGAGGAGUGCCAUUUCCGGCUGCCAAUCGUUGGCCACUCCAAUGUCGACCUUUACCCUUUGAAAGAUUAUCUUUCACGUAUUGUUACCAAGAACAAUGUUCUUUUACCCACACGAUACCCAAGAAUCGGACGGUCGCUUCUUGAGAUAGACAUUACUUCAGGGCAAAUCCUUAAUCGCAUGAACCUCGUGCAAAGAACGAACCAUAAUGACCUAUCCGAAUUCAACUCUAAAAUGCCCGCUGAAAGUAUUUACUUGUCCUCCUUGAAAUUCACUUUCGAAGAUCUUAAGUAUCAAUGUUCUCUUCGAAACAUGGACGAUACAUCCCAGUUGCUCCACAAGCUGUAUUCUCAGGUUUUCAAAGCGAUAGGACAAAAAGGCUUUCAGGAGUGGGAAUCGUCCCCACGCUUUCGGGAAUUAAUGAAUUAUGUUGCAAAACUUAAUGCUGCUACGAAUUUUAACGACCCUAAUGAUUAUUAUGACAGGAAAAUUAAGCCCUCCUUACCCCAAAAUAUACCUACUUGUUUUGAGUCUGUUGACCACGACAAGGCAGAAGACCGGUUUCAGAAAGUUCGCUUGCUCAAUUACCGUGAUGAUUUGGUUCAGUGGGACUCCUACGACAAGUUGUUUACAAGUGAACAGGAAUUGACAGCCAACAAAACUACUGAUUAUAAUGACCAAUCUCAAACGCCAGCGAACGAUGCAGCUGAUAACGAUGUAAUCUAUGAUAGCUUAUCUCCAUCGCUGAGCCCUCGUCAAUUAGACUUACAGAUGACGUAUCCAGAUCAUCUGCUGGAUUCGUCCCAUUCCCCACAAAAUAAUGGCUUUGACCAGAGCCAGAGAAGUGCUCGAUGGCUACAACGAAAGCGUCCGUUCUCCCAGAUGGAAUCGAGUGAAUCGAAUUCCCUGUCUUCAACCUUUACCCAAACUCUGCAUUGUCUUCUCAGGUCUCCUAAGAACAUCUAUGAGCUCCAAGUCCCAAUUACAUUAAGGAAGUCGAAUUUCAUGAAGACAUUGCGCCAUUCUGGGCUAAUGGAUAUCGAGUAUACGGACCCUUCUUACUACAAGAAGGAAGACAUCCACUCGAAGCCGCUUGUUUUUGCCAACAAGAAAAUUGUUGUUCCACUUUUGGGCGAUAAUUCAUUGGGUCCGUAUCAGUUCAAAAGCGAGGAUAGCGGAUCUUGGGAACCACUGGACCCUGCAAGACCGACUUUCACUGCAAGUCGACCUCAGUAUUGGCAAUACAGCAAAGACCCCCCUACAAAAAAGUUUAUGAAAGACUGGGUUGACGUGGUUGAGUCCAACAUUCAGUACAAGAAAGAAAGAUUCAAGUCACAAAUAGAGCCAGCUGUAACGCAAACCUACGAUUUUAAGUAUUCAUACAGGGCUGAUAAAGUUGCCAGGAACCCGAGUGGUUUCCUAAGUAUGACAAAUCUCCAUAUGGAAUUGCAUGUCAACACGAAUAAUAACAUGGAACCUGAUCCUAAGUCUGAUCCAGUCAGUGCAAUCAUCUACCAUUUUGAUGAUGCAAACGCUAUGCACCGUGAAACACCUUAUACAACGGCCAUUUUCGUGUGUCUAGAAGGAUUAGAAUAUUAUUUCUACCAGGAGAUCUUUGCUAGGGUUUCAGUAUUUUUGAAGACGAAGGUGAGAGUUUUCACGUCUGAAAAGGAUAUGAUAACGACCUUUUUGGACUAUGUCGAUACCUUUGACCCCGACAUUCUUUCCGGUUACGAAAUUAAUGCAUCAAGCUGGGGAUAUCUUGCUGAGCGCUUUCAAGUGAAGUAUGAAACAAAUCUUUUAGCGAGACUCAGCCGUUCAAGUUUCAAAAGUAACGGCAAAUUUGGGGACCGUUGGGGCUACACUCAUACGUCCGCUCUCAAAAUUAACGGCCGUCAUCUACUCAAUAUUUGGAGAGUGCUUCGUUCGGAGCUCAGUCUCACAUCGUAUUCUCUAGAGAAUGUCUGCUUUCAUUUACUUCAUCAAACCCUUCCCAAGGUGGUGAGCCUUGAUCUUAGUAAGUGGUUCAGAAGCGGCAACUUCAACAAGACAUUCAUGUUUUGCAAGUAUCAUAUACAUCGUCUUGGCCUCACCCUAAAGAUCAUGAAUGUUCAGGAGAUGAUAUUGAGGAAUGUGGAACAGUCAAGAUUGAUCGGUAUCGACUUUAACUCUAACUUUUAUCGUGGAUCCCAGUUUAAGGUGGAGUCUAUUCUUCUUCGUAUAGCGAAGGAAGAAAAUAUGCUUCUCAACUCUCCAUCAAAGAAUCAAGUUCACGAUAUGCGAGCAUUGGACUCCAUUCCGCUCAUCAUGGAACCUGAUUCAAACUUUUACAAGUCCCCUCUUGUUGUCCUAGACUUUCAAUCGUUAUAUCCUUCGAUUAUGAUCGCUUACAACUAUUGUUAUUCAACUUUGUUGGGACCUAUUGAGGGCUUCCAUCAGAACAAGAAUGUGGUUGGUUAUCUUCCCCAUCUUAAGCUACCGCAGGGUAUUAUAGAUAUACUCUCAAAAAACGAAGGUAUCAACGUGUCACCCAACGGUAUGAUGUUCGUUUCGAGCAAAUUUCGCAAGUCAAUCUUAUCAAGGAUGUUGCAAGAAAUCUUGAAUAUGCGAAUCAAUGUUAAAGCUGUCGCAGGGGCAUUCAGGGAAGAUGUUGAACUUGCAAAACUUUAUAACCUGAAGCAAUUGGCCUUGAAGUUGAUCGCUAAUGUGACCUACGGAUAUACAUCAGCCAGUUUCAGUGGUAGAAUGCCGAACUCAGAUAUAGCUGAUGCUAUUGUCUCAACUGGAAGAGAGAUCCUUACAAAAUCUAUUGAAAUCAUCGAGAGUAGUCCUGUUAAUGCCAAAGUUGUCUAUGGAGAUACUGAUUCGCUUUUCGUUUACUUCCCUGGUCGAUCGAAGGAGGACGCGUUUAAGUAUGGCAAAGAACUUGCAAAAGAGGUCACUGAUUUCUUCCCUGACCCUAUUAAAUUGAAAUUUGAAAAAGUGUACCAUCCUUGUGUCUUGCUAGCCAAAAAGAGAUAUGUGGGACACUGCUAUGAGUUUGAGGAUCAACUUAUCCCAAAAUUUGAAGCUAAAGGUAUCGAAACGAUUAGAAGAGAUGGUAUACCAGCCCAGCUGAAGAUGGUUGGAAAAACCUUGAGAAUCCUUUUUGAAACCAAAAAUCUCUCCAAAGUAAAGCUGUACACUGUCGAGCAGUUUCAGAAAAUCUUUCUCAAUAAGGUCAAUGUGAAAGACUUUUGCUUUGCUAAAGAGGUUCGUUACGGCUCAUAUAAGAACGACAAGUAUUUGCCGCCGGGUGCUAUUUUGGCUCAGAAGAAAGCUUCAAAAGAUCCCAGAAGUGAACCUCAAUACCGUGAGCGGAUACCUUACCUAGUCAUCAGGGAUUCAAGAAAAGAACGAAUCAAGGACAGAUGUGUUACUCCAGAUGAAUAUGUUUCGUCCUACAGCACCGAUAAUCCUCUCGAGUUGGAUUUCGAGUAUUACAUCACCAGAGUCUUGAUUCCCCCAUUGGAAAGAGUGUUCAAUUUGAUGGGGGUCAAUAUUCAAGAAUGGUACCGUGAAAUGCCCAAAUCUACCAGGCAGCUUGCAAUCAAGAAGAAAGACAUUAUCAACAUCAGUGAGUUCGUGCAAUCGGACCAAUGCUAUUCGUGUGAAGGAAGCAUGAAGGACUCAACUUCCAAAUACCUAUGUCAAAGGUGCCUUGAACACGAGAUUGGGCUUACAACGGAUAUUGUCUCCGUUGUCAAAGAUAAAGAAGUACAGGUAUUGGACUACCAGAACAUAUGUAUUGCUUGCAACAAACGCAACUUUGCCAAUACUGCUAGUGUCCAAUAUGUCUCCCACUGUGCCAAUGGCGAUUGCCAAAUCUACUACGGGCGCGUUAAAGCAUCAAGGGAAUUUGAUCAUCUACUGGAUGGCAGUAAGCAGGUGAUGGGAGAGUUAAAUCUACAGUGGUAA